AUGACCGCUGUAGACAUCCCAUCUACGGCCUCGGGCUCCGAAAAUCCAGCGAUAGGUGAAGAUCAGAGCGAUGGAAGGGAAAAGAAAAGAACAAGGUCAAGGAAUGGUUGUUUGGUUUGUAGAAGUAGAAGAUUGAAAUGUGAUUUAGAUAAACCAGAGUGUCAAAGAUGUGUGAACUACGGAGCUGAAUGCGUAUAUCCAGAGAAGAAAGCAUUCAACCAUUCUAUAGUAGCUGAGAAGCUAUCUAAAAGGCAUAAAUCAAAACGUGAAAAUGGCGACAAUCCGAAAGAUGAACCACCAAACAUAUUAUCUUCAUACAAUACGACCAAUUCUUUGCAACUCAUAGACCCUUCAUCGUCGAAACCAAUUCACGAAACUGAACCUUCUCAGUACCAACAUCAAAAUCAACAUCAGCAUCAAAACCAAACCCAAGUUAUUCAACAUAUUCAACAUAAUCAUUCUCAACCUACAAUGGCAUUCCUACCUCAACCACUCACACCUCUAUCUACACCAUUACCAGUCCCUACACCAUCCAGUACAGGUCAGACUCUAUGGGUACCACAUCCGACACCACUCGUACAACAGAUGGAUGCGGUGGAAUUACUGAUGGCUUUAUGUAGAGACACUAGAAUGGGUCAAUUCUUUGGUGGUCCAUUAGAUCCUCCUGAAUUCUUGAGGAAGAUGUUUCCCGUCGAAGAGGAUUUGAGAUGUUUCCACCACGCGCUGACAUACUCCCUAUCAAUCCUGGUAGUGGAAGAAGAACCGAAUCCAUGGGUGGAUCAUGUAGCUAGACUCUUCUUAGUUCCGACUGGUGAAACGCCCUUAAGUUCAGAAGCGUUGAAACAAGGUAUCUUGGCUAUGGGUGCUAUACAUCUAUCGGUACUUGAAGCAAGAGGAUCAGUCGCUUCUUCAUCGGGUCGAACGAGGGAACUUGGUUUGGCAUAUAGAUGGGAAGCAGUCAAAUUACUCAGACAGGCUAAGGAUAUACCAAAGGAGAUUGAAUCAGAUGCAUUUUUGGCCUCUACGGUCAUACUGAGUUGUGAUGAUGUCCUUGGAGCCAAUCCACACUGGAGAGAAGUCAUUCGUCUUGGUUUGCUAUCCGUAAAAGCUAGAGGAGGCUGUGAACGUAUAUUGUAUCCAGACGAUCCUAUCCCUGGUGCCGAUCCUAUCAUCUCGCCUAUACUCAAUCAAGCCAAUAAGCCGGUAUCACCCUUGCUCAGAUGCCUCAUCGAGACUUUAGUGAUAACGGAUGUAGGGUGUUCGCUAUCGACCGGAGAUCUGACUGUGGUUCUGACAGAUUCUUCCACUUGGUGGGAGAGAUUAGCCCCAGCUGAUCCAAACGAGUCUGACUCCAUUGAAAGUACUUGGGGAAUGCAUAGGUCCAUUCCACGAUUGAUGACUCGUACAUUGAAUCUAGUGUGUGAAUCUAGGGAUUUAGAUCGACAGUCAUUCUUCGAUAGUGAUGGAGAUGAGACCAUUAUACAUACAUCAGGUUUAGCAUUACUGUGGGUGGAAGAGAAGACUCGUUGGAGACAGAAUUUGAAACUCAAGAUCAAUGAGCUUCGCCGUGAUAUGGAAGAAUGGAUAAUUAACAUACCAUCAACAUUGAAAAGGAAAAGAACUCAUGAUGGUAGCUUGGCUGCUUGGCAUGGAUUUCAAAUCUUAAUCCUCAAAGAUUUGAUGAGAUUACCUAGAUCGAAUAUCGAUAUUCAGAAAUCAGCAGAUACAGUUCUGGACAUCUGUAGUCAAGUGGGAGAUAAAGUUGAAUGGAUGAAUUUUUCUUUACUCAUAACGUGUACAGCACUUAUUUCACCUCUUCAAAGGCAAAGAGCGAGAGAAGUCUUGAGAUGGUUUAGAGUACAAUCCUGCUAUGAGAUUGACGUGUUGGAAAGUGUUGCUGAAGAAUGCUGGAAGAGGAUUGACGAUGGAUUGGACGAUGAAGCUUGUUCAUGGAGAGAGAUAUUGUUGGAGAUGGGCUGUUCGGUUUUGCUAGGAUAG